AGACCAGUUAUAAAAUCACAGUGAAGACAUCAGAUGUGAGAGGAGCUGGAACAGACUCCAAUGUCUAUAUUCUUCUGUUUGGUGCUAAUGGUGACUCGGGGGAACUUCACUUGAAGAAGUCUGAAACAUUUCAGGAUCCAUUUGAGCAAAACCAAACAGAUGUGUUCACAUUAGAUAACAUGUUAUCUCUUGGCCAGCUCAGCAAACUAAGAGUGUGGCAUGACAACACUGGUAAGGUUGAAUCAUUCAUUGAAGUGGAAGAUCUGAAGACUCACAAAGUCUACAGCUUCCACUGUGACAAAUGGUUGUCCAAGUCAGACGAUGACAAGCAGAUUGUCAGGGAACUCUCUUGUCAUGAGCAAGGCAGGCCAGGAUCAGCCGGGACAGAA